UGUUCUCACUCCGGACCGUUCUUUUCAUCACCAGGAGCCAACAGACCCGGUGAUGAACGGUGACUCAGGUGCCGGGGUGGUGACUGCACCCCCUCCCACCACCGCCCCCCACAAGGAGCGCUACUUUGACCGUGUGGACGAGAGCAGCCCAGAGUACCAGAGGGAGAGGAACAUGGCACCAGACCUCAGACAGGACUUCAACAUGAUGGAGCAGAGGAAGAGGGUCUCCAUGAUCCUGCAGAGCCCGGUAGAACACGCACACAUUAAUGUGCAAACACAGAACUCGCACAGUACAUACACACGCAUGUGUACACACGGUAUACAGUGCUACUCAUCUUCUAGCCUAUGUCCCAAUGUCAUGUCACCAACAUAUGACAUAGUCGAACAUAUUGGUACAAAAAGCUUCCCCACUUUUUUUGAUUUUUUUGUGACAAAUGAUAACCACGGUACAUUAUAACCACAUUAAAACCACGGCCGUUAUAACACGGUCAACAUUAUAACCCCGGUCACAUAUAACCCACAUUAUACCACCGGGUCACGUAUAACCCAACAUUAGAACCACGGGUUCACGUUAUAAACCCACCAUUAUAACCCACGGUGCAAAUGAUAACCACAACCACGGGUCAGUUAUUAAACCUACGGUCACGUUUCUAUAACCACGGUCACAUGAUAAACCCCGGGUAGUGAUUAACCCACGGCUCAAGUUAUAACCACGGUCACGUUAUAACCCACAUGAUAACCCACGGUCACGUUAUAACCACGGUCACGUUAUAACCACGGUCACGUUAUAACCACGGUCACGUGAUAACCACGGUCACGUUAUAACCACUCACGUGAUAACCACUGUCACAUUAUUACAUCUACAUUUUAGUAAUUUAGCAGACUCUCUUAUCCAGCGCGACUUACAGUAGUGAGUUCCUACAUUUUCAUACUGGUCCCCCGUGGGAAUCGAACCCACAACCCUGGCAUUGCAAGUGCCAUGUUCUACCAAGUGAGCCACAUGGGAUUAUAACCACUAUCACAUUAUGACCACUGUCAUGUUAUAGCCACUGUCACGUUAUAACCACUGUCACGUUAUAACCACUAUCACGUUAUAACCACUAUCACAUUAUAACCACUAUCACGUUAUAACCACUGUCACGUUAUAACCACUGUCACGUUAUAACCACUGUCACGUUAUAACCACUGUCACGUUAUAACCACUGUCACGUUAUAACCACUGUCACGUUAUAACCACUAUCACGUUAUAACCACUGUCACGUUAUAACCACUGUCACGUUAUAACCACUAUCACAUUAUAACCACUUAACACUGUCUCUCUCAAACACAGUACUGUUCUCUCAGCAGCACUUAGUUUUAGCCCAGUGUAUAAAAACUCAGUGUUUACACCCCAGCCCUUUUAGUGACAGAAGCAAGGCAUUCUUUGUGAUGCUGUGGAUGGGGACCAGAGCAGGGUCUAUGGCUAGGCAGAAUUUAUAUGGGUCAGAAAGGAGAUGAGCUCCUUCAGGGCUGCAAUGACACACACACACACACACACACACACACACAAUGAGACAGUGCAGCUGGAGGUAACAAAAAGGACUGUGUAAAAAGAAUGUUGUUGAGAGAUCUGUUGUUUCACCCUGCAGAUGAGUUAUUACCAUCAGGACAUGUAGGUAGGUUUGACACAACAUGGAAAACAGUUGCCAACAUAGGAACUAUGUAACUCCUUAGUUCUUGUUGGCAGUGCUUCUGUAAUAUGCGAGUGAUUUCUUUCUUUACUUUGCCUGUUCCUGCUAGCAAUGUUUAUCAGAUUGGAGCCUUUCUUUCUAGUCUCCCCUCUGCAAUGCGGCAGUCAACAGGCACUUGUGACAUCGUCAAGAAGCGAUAGCAAGAGAACACAGACAGACAGAACAUAGAGGCUCUUUUACUUCAAAUCACUUCCUGUCUGGAUUUAAUCGGAACCGUGGAUUCUGUAGUAGAGGAACUAAGAAUAGCCAACUAGUGACGUCUGUGUGGUCUGUCUGUGUCCCUGUCUGACUGUGUCCCUGUCUGUCUGUGUCCCUGUCUGUGUCUGUCUGACUGUGUCCCUGUCUGACUGUGUCCCUGUCUGACUGUGUCCCUGUCUGUCUGUGUCUGUCUGACUGUGUCCCUGUCUGACUGUGUCCCUGUCUGACUGUCUGUGUCCCUGUCUGACUGUGUCCCUGUCUGUCUGUGUCCCUGUCUGUCUGUGUCCCUGUCUGACUGUGUCCCUGUCUGACUGUGUCCCUGUCUGACUGUGUCCCUGUCUGACUGUGUCCCUGUCUGACUGUGUCCCUGUCUGACUCUGUCCCUGUCUGACUCUGUCCCUGUCUGACUCUGUCUACUCCCCAGGCGUUCUGUGAUGAGCUGGAUACGAUGAUUCAGGACCAGCUGAAGAGGGGAAAGACUCCCACCAGCCUGUUGGCCCUGCAGCAGAUAGCUGACUUCAUGACCACCGGUAUCCCCACCAUGUACCCUGCAGCACCACAGGGAGGCAUGGCUGCACUCAACAUGAGUGAGUAAAAUACAGUCUAAACCUUUCCUUUCCCUUCAGUCCUUACCAGUCUGAUUUAAUCUAAUUCAGUGUUUCCCAAACCUCUCCUCCAGUAUCCCCAGCCAGUCCAAACCUCUCCUCAGUACCCCCAGCCAGUCCAAACCUCUCAUCAGUACCCCCAGCCAGUCCAAACCGCUCCUCAGUACCCCCAGCCAGUCCAUACCUCUCCGCAGUACCCCUGCCAGUCCAAACCUCUCCUCAGUACCCCCAGCCAGUCCAUACCUCUCCGCAGUACCCCUGCCAGUCCAAACCUCUCCUCAGUACCCCCAGCCAAUCCAAACCUCUCCUCCAGUACCCCUGCCAGUCCAAACCUCUCCGCAGUACCCCCAGCCAGUCCAUGUAUUUAAUGUAUUCCAGAAGUAUCACAGUUGAUUUAACUAAUGAGGGGCUAGAUGAUUAGGUGACCAUUUUGAAUCAGCUGUGUUUUUUCUGGAACAACAUCAAGUAAGUGGACUUCCUGAAGAGGUUUGGGAAACACUGAUCUAAUGUAUACUUAUAAUGUAAUGUAUAUGGAGCUAAAUACACAGUAUGAGCUAUGUGUGAUACAUCUACCCUGCAGCACCGCAAGGAGGCAUGACUGCCUUCAACAUGAGUGAGUAUUAUAUCUAGAUGAUGUAGAAUCACUAGCUAGUUAGCGGAGCACUAGUUUGUUACUUUUGUAUUUAUAGUGUACAUGUAUGUGGACACCCCUUCAAAUUAGUGGAUUUGGCUAUUUCAGCCACACCCUUUGCUGACAUGUGUAUACAAUCGAGCACACAGCCAUGCAAUCUCCAUAGACAAACAUUGGCAGGAGAAUGGCUUUACUGAAAGAGCUCAAUUACUUUCAAUGUGGCACCGUCAUAGGAUGCCACCUUUCCAACAAGUCAGUUCGUCAAAUUUCUGACCUGCUACAGCUGCCCCGGUCAACUGUAAGUGCUGUUAUUGUGAAGUGGAAAUGUCUAGGAGCAACAACGGCUCAGCCGCAAAGUGGUAGACCACACAAGCUCACAGAACGGGACUGCUGAAGCGCGUAGUGCGUCAAAAUCGUCUGUCCUCGGUUGCAACACUUACUACAGAGUUCCAAACUGCCUCUGGAAGCAACUUCAGCACAAGAACUGUUCGUCAGGAGCUUCAUGAAAUGGGUUUCCAUGGCCGAGCAGCCGCUCACAAGCCUAAGAUCACCAUGCACAAUGCCAAGCCUCGGCUGGAGUGAUGUAAAGCUCUCCGCCAUUGGACUCUGGAGCAGUGGAAACGCGUUGUCUGGAGUGAUGAAUCACGCUUCACCAUCUGGCAGUCCGACGAACGAAUCUGGGUUUGGCGGAUGAUACCUGCAUAGUGCCAACUGUACAGUUUGGUGGCGGAGGAAUAAUGGUCUGGGGCUGUUUUUUCAUAGUUCAAGUGAAGGGAAAUCUUAACCCUACAGCGUACAAUGACAUUCUAGACUAUUCUGCGCUUCCAACUUUGUGGCAACAGUUUGAGGAAGGCCCUUUCCUGUUUCAACAUGACAAUGCUCCUGUUCACAAAGCGAAGUCCAUACAGAAAUGUUUGUUCAGAUCGGUGUGGAAGAACUUGACUGGCCUGCAUAGAGCCCUGACCUCAACCCCUCGAACACCUUUGGGAUGAAUUGGAACGCCGACUGCGAGCCAGGCCUAAUCAACCUGACCUCACUAAUGCUCUUGUGGCAGAAUGGAAGCAAGUCCCCGCAGCAAUGUUCCAACAUCUAGUGGAAAGCCUUCCCAGAAGAGUGGAGGCUGUUAUAGCAGCAAACGGGGGACCAACUCCAUAUUAAUGCCCGUGAUUUUGAAAUGAGAUGUUGGACGAGCAGGUGUCCACAUACUUUUGGUCAUGUAGUGUGUGUAUAUAACCCUCUCCAGAGUCUUCAGCCCCUACCAAUAAUGCCUUUUUAAUGCAUACAUUAUGGAGGUAUGAGGCAUUUGGCUACUGUGAUGUGAUUUCAUCCACCAAGAGUAAAUACCGUAGUGCAGUAUACCUAGUGUACCUAGCUAGUAUACAGUACUCCAGCUGCUAGUGUACUUAGCUAGUGUACAGUACUCCAUCACCUAGUGUACUUAGCUAGUAUACAGUACUCCAUCACCUAGUGUACUUAGCUAGUAUACAGUACUCAUCACCUAGUGUACCUAGCUAGUAUACAUUACUCCAGCACCUAGUGUACCUAGCUAGUAUACAUUACUCCAGCUGCUAGUGUACUUAGCUAGUGUACAGUACUCCAUCACCUAGUGUACUUAGCUAGUAUACAGUACUCCAUCACCUAGUGUACUUAGCUAGUAUACAGUACUCAUCACCUAGUGUACCUAGCUAGUAUACAUUACUCCAGCACCUAGUGUACCUAGCUAAUAUACAUUACUCCAGCUGCUAGUGUACUUAGCUAGUGUACAGUACUCCAUCACCUAGUGUACUUAGCUAGUAUACAGUACUCCAGUACCUAGUAUACCUAGCUAGUAUACAUUACAUUACUCCAGCACCUAGUGUACCUAGCUAGUGUACAGUACUCCAUCACCUAGUGUACCUAGCUAGUAUACAGUACUCCAUCACCCAGUGUACCUAGCUAGUAUACAGAACUCCAGCACCUAGUGUACCUAGCUUUUAUACAUCCAUGCUGCUUUGUGUGUUUACGUACAGUAUACGUCAAGCACUUAGGUCCCCUCAGGCCAAGAUGGCCUCCGCUGAGUUCAGAGGUCGGUAGUCGUGUUGUAGAAUGUAACUACAUGCUUCUUAACCAUAGACGCUUUGUAAUUAUAGACAGACUCUAUGUUUAAAUUGACAUAUUAUUCUUUGACUGAGGUGAGUGAAUUCAAUUCAAAGGGAUUUAUUGGCAUGGGAAACAUAUAUGUUUACAUUGCCAGAGCAAGUGAAAUAGAUCAACAAAAGUGAAACAAUAACAAGUGAACAGUAAACAUUUCACUCACAAAAGUUCAAAAGGAAUAUAGACAUUUCAAUUGUCACAUUAUGGCUAUAUACAGUGUUAUAACGAAAUGCAAAUAUUUCUCUCUCCCUUUACAGGUCUGGGCAUGGUAACCCCAGUGAAUGACCUGCGUGGAUCUGACUCAAUCUCCUAUGAGAAGGGAGAGAAGCUGUUUCGCUGUAAGCUAGCCGCCUUCUACCGCCUGACAGACCUCUUCGGCUGGUCCCAGCUCAUCUACAACCACUUAACCGUAAGACAUCCUUCUAAUGUACUUCUCUAGUCUUUAUCCACUGGUAUGUCAUUGAAAUGGACUCCUAGUCAGUACAAAACACCAGAAGAGAUAUGUAGGACAGGAUUUCUUUUUUUUUACUGCAGUAUAUUGUAGUGCUUUGCACAUUUAACCUGCAGAAUAUAUUUUCCGACAGCUCUGUAUGAACAUGUGGGGUUGGCUAGGUUAGGAGGUUAGUUUAGUAAGCAUUAUAUUGUUGAUGAAACAUCAAAAGAUUGUGAAAAAUACUAACUGCAUUCUAGUGUGUGAGCCAUUUGGUGUAAAUUCCCCAGGCUUGUUUGUUUGUUACUGCUUGUUAAGACCGCAAUCUGCACUCACGUCUUCCAGGUCCGGGUGAAUUCAGAUCAGGAGAGGUUCCUGAUUGUCCCUUUUGGGCUUCUGUACAGUGAAGUCUCCGCCUCCAGUCUGGUAAGAUUCUCCCCCAGUGUCUCACUCUUAAAGGCUGCCUGCAUAAUGUGUGACAACGCUGUGAACGUACAGACAAUUACCAUCUUAGGUUAUGCUGAAUGCAUUUUAAUUAGUGAUUUAAAUAAGUGAUUGUCAUUCAACCUCCAUCAUCCAAACACAGAGGUUGUCCUACAUGGCAUUUUUAUCUGCAAAGCAAUUGUGUUUAAAAUGCCAGCAGUGUGGCCUUGAAUAGCACUGUACCUUUAAAACAAAGGUAGGGGCGUGGAUCAGAAAACCAGUCAGUAUCUGGUGUGACCACCAUUUGCCUCAUGCAGCGUGACACAUCUCCUUCGCAUAGAGUUGAUCAGGCUGUUGAUUGUGGCCUGUGGAAUGUUGUCCCACCCCUCUUCAAUGGCUUUGUGAAGUUGCUGGAUAUUGGCGGGAACUGGAACACGCUGUUGUACACUUCGAUCCAGAGCAUCCCAAACAUGCUCAAUUGGUGACAUGUCUUGUGAGUAUGCAGGCCAUGGAAGAACUGGGACUUUUUCAGUUUCCAGGAAGUGUGUACAGAUCCUUGCGACAUGGGGCUGUGCAAUAUCAUGCUGAAACAUGAGGUGAUUGUGGCGGAUAAAUGGCACGACUAUGGGCCUCAGGAUCUCGUCACGGUAUCUCUGUGCAUUCAAAUUGCCAUCGAUAAAAUGCAAUUCUGUUCGUUGUCUGUACAUUAUGCAUGCCCAUACCAUAACCCCACCGCCACCAUGGGGCACUCGUUCACAACGUUGACAUUAGCAAGCCGCUCGCCCACACGACGCCAUACACGUGGUAUGCGGUUGUGAGGCCGGUUGGACGUACUGCCAAAUUUUCCAAAAUUACUUUGGAGGCGGCUUAUGGUAGAGAAAUUAACAUUAAAUUAUCUGGCAACAGCUCUGGUGGACAUUCCUGCAGUCAGCAUGCCAAUUGCACUGGCAUUGGGUUGUGUGAAAAAACUGCACAUUUUAGUGGCCUUUUAUUGUCCCCAACACAAGGUGCACCUGUGUAAUGACCAUGCUGUUUAAUCAGCUUCUUGAUAUGCCACGCCUGUCAGGUGGAUGGAUUAUCUUGGCAAAGGAGAAAUGCUCACUAACAGGGAUGUAAACAAAUGUGUGCUAAACAUUUUAGGGAAAUAAGCUUUUUGUGUAUAUGGACAAUUUCUGGGAUCUUUUAUUUCAGCUCAUGAAACAUGGGACUAACACUUUACAUGUUGCGUUUAUAUUUUUGUUCAGUAUAGUUACUCUACAAUACUAUCCUAAAUGACAGAGUAAAAAGAAGGAACCCUGUAUAUAAUUUCAAGUAUGGUGGUGGCUGCAUCAUGUUCUGGGUAUGCUUGUAUCAUGUUCUGGGUAUGCUUGUCAUCGGCAAGGACUAGGGAGCAUAAAAAACGGAAUAGAGCUAAGCACAGGCAAAAUCCUAGAGGAAAACCUGGUUCAGUCUGUUUUCCAACAGACACUGGGAGAAAGUCUAUGGCAAAAUUUGAAAAUGGCUGUCUAGCAAUGAUCAACAACUAACUUGACAGAGCUUGAAUAAUUUCUUUAAAGAAUAAUGUGCAAAUAUUGUACGAUCCAGGUGUGCAAAACUCUUAGACUUACCCAGAAAGACUCACAGCUGUAAUCACUACCAAAGGUGCUUUUACAAAGUAUUGACUCAGGGGUGUUAAUACUUAUGUAAAUUAGAUAUUUCUGUAUUUCAUUUUCAAUACAUUUGCAAACAUUUCUAAAAACAUGUCUUUAUGGGGUAUUGGGUGAGAACAUUUUUGAAUUCAGGCUGUAACACAACAAAAUGUGGAUUAAGUGAAGGGCAAUGAAUACUUCCUGUAGGCCCUCUGUAGCUCAGUUGGUAGAGCAUGGCGUUUGCAACACCAGGGUUGUGGGUUCGAUUCCCACGAGGGGCCAGUAUGAAAAUGUAUGCACUCACUAACUGUAAGCCGCUCUGGAUAAGAGCGUCUGCUAAAUGACUAAAAUGUAAAUGUAAAUGCUGAGUCACUGGUCCUUCAAGGCCGAAGCUGCCUUCAACACUUAGCCCUUGCCAAGACGGCACAAACAGAUCUGGGACUCAGGCUAGCAUCGUAAGUUAAGUCACAAGGCAUUGACUUUCUGCUGCCUGUCUGGUCCUAUUCUAGGUAUAUCAUCUUUUUUAGAUUGUUUAUUUAAGCAAUAAUGCCUGAGAACCCGGGAAUCUUCGUGUAACAACUCCUGACAUGGGCUGUUCUGAGGCCUGAGGUGAAGUCAAGGGAUACAGCCCUUUGAGGGAGUUGUCACGCGUACAUUCCUGGGUUCGAGGGCAUUAUUGAUGUUCUAAAAUGGUUGCCAACAUAUUUAUACAAAUAUUAAUAAUGAGUAGAUUUGUUUUUGCAUUCUGAAGUUGCUACCCAAGCGGGCUGGUUGUUAGUUAUUUUCUCAUGUUUUCACACAGUUAUUAAUUCUUAUCAUUCUAUUCAUUCCACGUUGCUAUGCUAAACAAAUCGUUGGCAUGUAGCUAACUUAGCUAGCAGAGAUUCAACGAUGACAAAGACAAGAACUUCAAUAAAUAAUGAUUGGAUAAAUAUCCAAUAUACCAACAUAGGCAACAACUAUUAUGGUUGGCGAGUCCGAGCUAGCCAAGCUGAUUGGUGAUGUUAAUAGUUUACUGUUUCCAUGGUGAAUUAUUAGUUUCACGUUCAUUCUUGGGCUAGUUAGCCUAUUGACACGGGAGAGUUCGUAUUUGUAAAAUGAUACAUUGUUGCACAGGUCGUAGUGGCAGACAGGCAGGUUUACACAACCCCCAACUGUUGCAAAACAAAUGGUAGCAUGGAAAAGUAAUGUGUAGACGCUGAGGGAGAUGAAGUUUAUUAAUUUCCUGCCUGGGCUGCGGGACAGUGGAAUUAUGACGUUAACAGGUUGUGGUAUUUUGUAUACUGUAUCAACCAAUCAGCAUCCAGGAUCCAAACAGCCCGUUUUUUUAUAAUUAUUGUUCACUUACAGCAUCACUGUGGGCUUUCAGUCAUAAGGCCUCACUGUUGCCUCUCUGGUCCUAUCCCAUUGAGCUACAUUGGUAAUGUGUCCUAUCGUUUUUAAUUCUGUGUCCCAUCCUAGGUGAAGAUUAACAUACAAGGGGAGAUGGUGGACCGAGGGAGCACCAACCUGGGGAUCAACCAGGCUGGCUUCACUCUCCACUCAGCCAUCUACGCGGCCCGGCCAGACAUCAAGUGCAUCGUACACGUUCACACACCGGCUGGAGCUGCAGUAAGUUUCCGGCGAUUCUAGCAACUAUGGUGGAUACAUAACCAGGCCGGCUCAGUACGUCGGCUUGGCUCAGUAGUGUGAAAAAGGGUAUAUACUGGUCACAUUUGAUAUGCUCUUCUUAAUGAUAUGAGUUUUGUCAAACUUGGAUCUUGAAAUAAUAAGUGUCACUAGUCUCUUCCCACAGCUGCUUGGUAGAGAAACCCAUGAGUUUGGCACCGAAAAGUACUAACAUUCGUCAGCUGUUGUAGUGGAUAACUACAGCACACCCUAUCUGCAGUGGUGAACAACUACAGUCUGUCUGUGUUUCAGGUGUCGGCCAUGAAGUGUGGCCUGCUGCCCAUCUCUCCAGAGGCCCUGACACUGGGGGAGGUGGCCUACCAUGACUACCACGGCAUCCUCGUAGACGAGGAGGAGAAGGUCCUCAUACAGAAGAACCUGGGCCCAACCAGCAAGGUAUCGGAGGCAGAGAGAGUGUGUCACACUCUUGUCCUUCCCCUUGGCCCUAAACCUCUAGUGCAGGGCUCUCCAACACUGGUUCCUGGAGAGCUGCCCUCCUGUAGGUUUUUGGCUUCAACCCCAGUUGUAACUAACCUGAUUUGGCUUAUCAACCAGCUAAUUAUUAGAAUCCGGUGCGCUAGAUUAAGGUUGGAGUGAAAACCUACAGGACGGUAGCUCUCCAGGAACAAGGUUGGAGUGAAAACCUACAGGACGGUAGCUCUCCAGGAACAGGGUUGGAGAGUCCUGGUCUAGUGUUUACAGAUCUAAAAAUGUCUGGAUCGGUAUAAGCAGUGUAAUUGCCUACACCUUACAGAUCUGCAACCUCUAAGGUUUAAGGCUGAGGGGGAAGGGAGUGAAUUGGGACCGGCUACAAGUGUGUGUAGGUAUACUGAGCACCUGUGUUUGUCUUUGUCCCACAGGUCCUGAUCCUGAGAAACCAUGGUCUGGUUUCUGUUGGGGAGACUGUGGAGGAAGCCUUCUACUAUAUCCACAACCUGGUCACUGCGUGUGAGAUCCAGGUAGGACACUGUCCGGACUGUUUUCACCUCAGACUUAGAUUUCUAUGAGAAGCUGCUCUUAUGCUGCUCUGCCACUGCUCUGCCACUGCUCCCAGACUUCAAUAAAUGAUACAUUGUGUUGUAUUUUUAUAAAGAGGGGCUUAUAUUGUUACUCUCAGACAAGAUGCCAGCUCUGGGAGCAUUUGCCAAGUGUGAUGCAGACCAAUUUAUACCCAACACAAUACUUUAUUCUGCAUGUGACAUGACCGUGUCUGUGACUGAAUGACUUUGUGUGUGACUGAUGUGUUUGUCUCUGUGUGCGUUUCCAGGUGCGCACCCUAGCCAGUGCUGGAGGGCCUGAUAACCUGGUGAUGCUGGACCCUGCUAAGUACAAGGCUCGGCCGCGGUGCUCUGAGCAUGUCGAGGGCUCCACACACCCCAAGUGGCUGGUGGGGGAGCAGGAGUUUGAGGCUUACAUGAGGAUGCUGGAUAACCUGGUAGGAAGGAACUGCCCUAUUGAAGUUUAUUAGAAAAACAUUUCGUAACAAAAUGACAAUAGAUUAUAUUAGAAUUUUGAGGACCACUCUGAAAUGAACACAUACAAUCAUAAGCUACAAAGUUUUUUGUGUGAAAUAUAUGUUAAUGUUCUACUGUACAAUUAGUGUUGUUAACUUUCCAUGCAAUGCUGAAAAAAUACAUAUUUUCAUAUUAGUUUUAAGAUUUUCAUGUAAGAUUAAAUGAUUGAUACUGUAGAUUAUUAACCACAGGGUUUGAUAUGCAUUAUCCUUUCAGUAUUACCACUACACCAUCUAACUGACCCCGUUUCUGUCUCUCUAGGGCUACAGGACGGGCUACCCCUACAGGUGCCCUGCCCUGAGAGACAAAGCAAAAAAGUUCAGCAGCGACGUAGAGAUCGCUCCCUCAGCCACGGGCUACUCCUAUGCCGAGGACAGUGACUCAGGCGCUCGCUCCCCUCUCAAGCACAGCUUUCAGAGGCAGCAGCGCGACAAGACCCGCUGGCUCAACUCGGGCCGGCCGGAAGAGGCCUACGAGGAAGGGCCCGACGGCGGCAGUCCCAAGUCGAAGACUAAGGUGUGGACGAGCAUUACACACGAUCACGUCAAACCCUUGCUGCAGUCUCUCUCGUCCGGUGUCUGCGUGCCAAGCUGUAUUACCAACUGCUUGGUCUGUGCCUACCUUAUUGUUCAUAGUUAGACGUACCGUUCAGCUACUUGAUGAACGGGCAGCGGGUUGGCACUCUAAGGUUGGGGGGGGGGGGGGAAUGGAUCCUGGGAUCUAUUAGAGCUUGUGAUAUGUCUACUUCAACAGAUGACUCCAGACAGCUCCAGUGUUUGGUUAUACGUAUUAAUACUCUAGUGAGUCUCUGUCCUUAGUUUUGCCGUUUAAACCCUUCUCUCUCUCUCUAGCCAGUCCAAAAGACAACACUGCUUAAGACAGAUUUAUACAUUUUCCCAAUUCUCCGUUUCCAUUCCCUUGAAUAUUAACUUCUUUGUUCCUACUCCCCACUCUGUCUAAAGUUGUUUUCCCUACUAACCUCUCUCUUAAGCAGUUGGUCCAUCCCUCGCUCUCUCUCUCCUGUUAGUCCCACCCCUCCACUCUUUUCCUCCUUUGUUCCCUAGCGCUUUAGGGUGCCAGCCCAGCUGUCCAGCGCAUGCUGUGUUGCAUGAGUAGCCAGAUGCAUUGUGGGUGCUCUCUGGGAGGAAGAGCGAUGGGGGCGUGGCAUGAGCCCAGAGUGGGCAUGGCUCUGAUGUUGCUAACCAACCACCGCUGCUGCUUUAGAGUCCUUCUCGUUCUGGUGUCUGGUGUUGUGCGUCUGGAGCUUUUCUAACUGUGUGCACCCAGGGAACUUAUUGCAGUGUAAAACUGAAGCAUAAUGUAGGAUGCGUUUACUAAAGCAAACCUCACACCGUUCUAUGUUGAGGUGUGUUGCACAAUUUUUUUUUACCGCGGUUAAUGAUAUGAGAGUAUGACAAUAUAUUACUGAUUACUAGCUAAUCUAAUAGAACCAUACACUAAAGUUAUAGACAGCAUCCCUGUUUGUAGACGCGCUUUAAAGCUAGCAUGCCACUUUUUAUUUGUAGCAUUGUUUGAUGUUUGAACCCAGGAAGUGACCUCCUGCUCUUGUGGCUGGUCUUUCAGCCAGACAGCUAAUCACAUCUGGAGCUUUCACAGUUAAAGCAACAGACAGGGUGGGACCUGUCCAAGACCACUCUGCUUUCGGUAUGGAAUCGGAAUCCCAUGAGUCAUAGCUUGCUUUUUUAUGACUCCUCCCCCUCUAUUCCCCAAUCCUCAACCACUCCCCAAAUGCCCCUAAUGAUAUGACAUGUCAUUUUAGUUCCCCUCUUUCCAAGUUUAAUUUCGGUUAAAAAAAAUUAUAAUAAUACUCCAAAACUUUCCUAAAGUGUUCCUAUGCAUGGAUUUGUAUAGUGGGUGGGGAAAAAAAAGAAGCAAAUUUGACUGGUCUAACUUUUGAAACGAUUAUCUCCUCUGGUAAAGUAGGAGAAAGUGUUGUGUUGUGAGACUCAGUACAUAUUCAGUGAGUAUAUCAUGUUUUCAUGUCCAUCCCAUGUUCCUAUCCUAUCUACAAACCAUUCAGAUGCCCCUCUUCCUCAUCUAGUUUUUUGAUUUUUUUGCACCUAACUGCUUUAACAGCUCAGCUGAAACAUUUCCUCAGCAGAAAAAAAAAACCUCAUAGCUCAUGCUACGCCAAGGCAAAAUACAGAGUAACUUGCUUUUCUGAAAGUGCCUCAAACAAGAGAAGGAUACUGAUGUGCAUGAAGGCUUAAGUCAGAUUUACUUGCUGCUCAUUCAAUCAUAUCUGUGUGAGAGAAAAAAAAUGUAUCCUAUCUUUUUCUCUGUCUCGGGCUGAGCAUUACCAGUGUUCAGGUGUAAACUGGGGGCGGCAGGUAGCUUAGUGGGUAAGAGCGUUGUGCCAGUAACCGAAAGGUCGCUGGUUCUAAUCCCCGAGCUGACUAGGUGAAAAAUCUGUCGAUGUGCCCUUAAGCAAGGCACUUAACCCUAAUUGCUCAUGUAAGUUUGCUCUGGAUAAGAGCGUCUGCUAAAUGACUAAAAUGUAAAUGUAAAUGUAAACGCCUCUGUCAAGUACUCCAAAAACAGUCCAGUUCAUUACCUUCCAAAAAGGACAGCUCCAGAGUUUUUCUUCUUCUUUGGUUUUUUUCUACUUCUGUCAUAUAAACAAAGUUCAGUAGUAGAUCAAAAUAUCCUAGAAGCCAGGGCAUCCCUUUGUAACUAAACGUAAACUAAAAACCUUUUAACUUUUAUAAAGUGCGAUUCUUGGGGGGAACCCUAAGUUGUAUUUUUCUCCAAUGAGAGUUUUUCUGUCAGUCGGUCAGUGGUGGACGAGUGUCUCGUCUUUCGUUGUGUUUCUCUCUUUAUCCCUGUUGUCCUGUUACUAUUACUGUACGUUACGUUAGCCUGGGAAAUGACUUGGUGAUGCCCACUCUAUCACGCCUCACCCCACCUCCACUGUGUCGCUGGUCCACAUAGCUUUUACUGUACUGUAAGCCAGCACCAUCACCUCCUCACCUGUCCACGUCCUCACCCCACCACGCCCUCACCCCUCCCUCUUCCACGGUCUCUCGUCAUCUUGUGAUGCCUUCAGUUGCUCUUUGUUUUAUUUUUUUUUGGUCAUUUGUAUCUGUUAUUGAAAUCUAACAGCAAGAGUAUCAAUGAUGAUGAUAAUGGUGCAUCUUUGAGUAAUGUAGGAGGGCCUAGUCAUUUCCUUCAAGUCAAUAAGAAAGGGUCAGAUGCUUAGGCUUUAGGUCAUGGGAUAACUUGAUACUGAAAAGCACUGACUAGAACUGUAACACCGAGCCAUCCUGACAAAGGUGCAUCAUCAUUGGUUCACUGCUUCCAGGUGUAAUAUAUUUAGAACUCCUUUACAGAAUCAUUUGUACCUUCUCCUCCUCUGUUAUUUCUGUUUUGAAAAGCAUGACCAAUUAUUAUUGUUCUUUUAAAGCCUGCAUAGUCUAUAUAUUUCUAGAUUUUGUUCAUUAUUUUUUUUCUUCCCAUGUUAUUUUGGCUGCAUCAUUUUGUUUAUUUUAAUUGUUGCUAUGGUGAUUACAGUGGACGAAUGAGGAAGGAAUGCGACAGGCUGCAGUGGCCAAUCAGUUUGUCCCGCUCAACACAAACCCCAAGGAGGUGCUGGAGAUGAGGAACAAGGUAUGAUGUUGAUACAGGCUUCGGUAUUCGGGGCGGCAGGUAGCUUAGUGGGUAAGAGCGUUGUGCCAGUAACCGAAAGGUCGCUGGUUCUAAUCCCCGAGCCGACUAGGUGAAAAAUCUGUCGAUGUGCCCUUAAGCAAGGCACUUAACCCUAAUUGCUCCUGUAAGUCGCUCUGGAUAAGAGCGUCUGCUAAAUGACUAAAAUGUAAAUGUAAAUGUAUGCUAUCAUUUCAACAUGGGUUUGGUCCCGACUAUCUGCCCUACUCCCGAAGUGUGCAUUUAUCUUGCACACUGCCCGUUAUGGAUUUAAAAGCAUUGGAUUUGUGUUAGGAUUGCUGGAAGGGAGUUUCCACCAUUGAUAAAUCCAUGAGAGGGAGUGUGCAAGUGCACACUUUGGGAGAAGGGUAUAGAAUCGGGACGUCUUUCUGUGUUUGUGUUCUUCAAUGCAUGCCCGUGGCUCUGUAUCCAACCCCUCUACUGCCACGUCCUCUAGAUCAGAGAGCAGAACCUGAAGGACAUCACGACGGCAGGGCCAGAGUCCCAGGUGCUGUGUGCUGGAAGCAUGGUGGAUCGCUCCUUUGUCCAGGUGAGUCCCUCCAGCGCCCCGCCCCUCCUGUGCCACGCCCUGCCCCACAGCCCCUGCAAAAUAGCAAUAUGUGUGCUGCCUACCCUGAGUCAGACCUGCAUUCAAAUACUAUUUGAAAUCAUUUUAAAUUCUUAAACUGGGCUGAAUUGAGCUUGCCUGGUGCAAUGUAACAAAUAGAAUAGUUGCGAAACUGCAAACCCUGCCCUCCAAGCAGACUAAAGCAAAUGCUAGGAGUAUUUCAAUGAUUUCAAAUAGUAUUUGAACCCAGGUCUGACCUGAUUCCCCCCCCACCCCCCCACCCCACCCCGCUGAUAUUUAAGUUAACUUAACCUACCUUAUUCUUUGACACAGAGAAGUUCAGUGUGUCAGGUAAGUAACAUGGCGGUCAGAGGUAAACCUCAUGCUGCGUCACAGGCCGGGUUGUGUUCAUCUCCUUUGGUUGAUUUGGAUUUGCCGCCUCCUUUUGUUGACUAACCCCAACAUGCUGUUAGCUUUCAGGUCUGUCGGAUUGCUUUCAUAUGACUUCAGAGUUGAGUUUGCAUGUUGUUGGUUUGCCUUCUGAGUUCCUGUCCAUUCUCUGACCUCGGUUGGAUCCCACUCAUUUGCUGCUAGUCAGAUUGUGUUACCUUACAAGUUAAUUUCUCUCGAUCUGAAUGAGUUUUUGAGGAGAUUGCUGAGGCCAUUGUUGGAGUGUUUGUUUAUGUUCUAAUCUUAGGACCUUUAUUGUUACCUGAAUUGAAAAAUAACUGCUGGUUGGCUCUGAACUUUUCUUCACUGUUAGCUGUAACUGUUUGUAGCAUAAUUUGAGAGUUACGAUUUAAAUAUAAUGUCUUAUGCAUUGCACUCGGUUUGUGUUUCAAUGCUUUCACACACUUCUAUGUGAAGUGUGGCGUUGUGAUGCAUGGUCCUGGCAUAUAUAUUAUCAUUAUCAUGCUUGAGACUGCCCCAUUUACCCCACUGAAACAAACUCUGCAUGCAUGUGUGUACUAUGUGGACGUGUGUGUGUGUGUGUGUGUACGGCAGGGUUUCUGUUAGGAAAAUGUGGCGCUGGACAACGUGACCGGGAAGAUUUUAAUUUACCAGCCAUUUGAGAAAUGUACCGGCCCCAUGCAUUGGGUGUGUAACCCAUUGGGGCGUCCAUCCACAGUGCACAGAAUGACAGAAAUCACAUUUAGAAUAUGGUAAUUCAUCUUAACAAAACAUGCAACUCCUGUAAUGAAGCAGCCAAUAAAACAUAAUUUUCAAACAUUUGCCAAAAUCAAGAGCGACUUACAGUUAGUGAGUGCAUACAUUUUUUAUUUUAUUUUUUUCAUACUGGCUCCCCGUGGGAAACGAACCCACAACCCUGGCGUUGCAAGCGCCAUGCUCUACCAACUGAGCUACACGGGACCACGCGCCUGAUGCCAGCGGUAUAUAACUGUUAGAAAUGUUGAAAGAGGGUGAAUCUAAAAGUACCACAACUAGGAUGGGUUGCUAAUAUGACUAGGAUUGUGCCUUUGGCUUCUGGACAACGAAAGAAAGUUUAUAUGAAAACCAAUAGAACAGGAGAGGAAUGGCCUAUGAGGAAGUAUUUCAUGGGCAACAUGAACAAAAGGCCUAGCUGAUUAUUGAGUUGCAGCUGUCAGUGAAAAGCAUCUAAAAUAUGUGUGAAGAUAAUGCGUCUUGGGUAUAAUUUAAAAUGUUGAGAAGGGGAGUGGUGUGUGGCGAAGAUAGCCUAUAGGCGCAGCUCUCUCCAAAAUCCAUCCACUCAGCUCUCCAGAAUCCAUCCACUCAGCUCUCCAGAAUCCAUGCACUCAGCUCUCCAGAAUCCAUGCACUCAGCUCUCCAGAAUCCAUCCACUCAGCUCUCCAGAAUCCAUCCACUCAGCUCUCCAGAAUCCAUCCACUCAGCUCUCCAGAAUCAAUCCACUCAGCUCUCCAAAAUCCAUUCACUCAGCUCUCCAGAAUCAAUCCACUCAGCUCUCCAAAAUCCAUCCACUCAGCUCUCCAGAAUCCAUCCACUCAGCUCUCCAGAAUCCAUGCACUCAGCUCUCCAAAAUCCAUCCACUCAGCUCUCCAGAAUCCAUGCACUCAGCUCUCCAAAAUCCAUCCACUCAGCUCUCCAGAAUACAUGCACUCAGCUCUCCAGAAUCCAUCCACUCAGCUCUCCAGAAUCCAUGCACUCAGCUCUCCAGAAUCCAUCCACUCAGCUCUCCAGAAUCCAUCCACUCAGCUCUCCAGAAUCCAUCCACUCAGCUCUCCAGAAUCCAUGCACUCAGCUCUCCAGAAUCCAUCCACUCAGCUCUCCAGAAUCCAUCCACUCAGCUCUCUAGAAUCAAUCCACUCAGCUCUCCAGAAUCCAUCCACUCAGCUCUCUAGAAUCAAUCCACUCAGCUCUCCAGAAUCCAUCCACUCAGCUCUCCAGAAUGAAUCCACUGAGCAGAAUCCAUCCACUCAGCUGUCUUCUGCCAAUUCUUGUGCAUUCAUUGUUUCAUGUGAAUUGUUUGCCCUUUGAUUGUUUAUUUUGAUCAAUUCCCCCUUACAAAUGUCGCCAGAAGUAAAAUGUACUGUUAAUCCCUGUCAUUUUGUUAAAUACAUUUCUGUUAAUGCAUUGUAUUACUAAUUAGGCCUACAGUCAUUUACCAUUCUCAGAGUUGAAACGUUGUUUAUUGGUUUAUUUCAUAACCAUCAUUUACGAGUUCUCCAUUUUUGUUUUGUUUUAUUGUCUUUUGUUUGGAGUGCUCCAUGUGAGCAAUGACCAUGGGUCUGGUUUCUCUGUCCUGUUAAUGCCUGAGCACGCAUAGAAGUAGCCUACCUGGCCUGCUGCGCACAAAUGUAGGAAAGUGCCCAUUUGGGGAUGUCUGAUUUCUGAUUCUUAGUCACCACUAAUAAGCUGAGCUUCUUAGUCAUUAGUUCUUCACCUCACACAGUAAGACAACGAAGGCUGGUUUUUUUGUAUUUUUUUAAAGUUUUUUUUUCUUUACAUCCAUUAUGAAUGAUAGCCUAAUAGUGCCUCACAGUCAACCUAUAAAGAAAAAUCCUUCCAACAAUCUCCCCCUCGGUGAUCACCAAGCCUCGGUGUGAAAGAGCAAAAUAAUCAUAAUAUAAUGAUCUCAUAUAUCCAGUGGAAAACAUUAUAAAAUACCUUUCCCUUGCGCAAAAACAGCUUUCUGUCCUGAACUCACUGGAGCAGGAAACUCUGAGGGCCCAGAAUAGGCUAGUUGAUACAAUGUUGCAAGUUUGCUAGAGACGGCUUCAGGACUGAUCUAGUUGAUUGAUUUGAUACAAUGUUGCACUUCACUAGUGAUGGUUCAAGUCAAGACAGAUAGAAAGGGAGGCUGACAGGCAGAGUAGAGAGAUUAAUGUGAUUCAAAGAAGCAGAAUUUUCAUCAGUAUAUUUUCUACAGUUUUUAUUUGUCGGCUUUGUGUAUUUUUACUUGGUUGAUAAUGGAAGUUAGAGGCCAACGGCUGCAUUGGCCAUCUGAGUUCCAUGCACUCAUUUAGGCUAUUUAGCUAUCAAUGGUCACAGUGUAUCAAUGUGUCCAUAUGGCAGAGGCUGGUGCUCUCACAUUAAUUGAAUUUUAACUUUGAUAUUUUUAUCAUUUUAAUUAAGAUUUGUAUGAUUAACCACGCGACAGUGAUUUCGAGAAAUGAGAACAUUUAUCAAAAUGUUCCACAAAAAUGCACAUAUAACUGGCACACAGAUUGGUAGAAAUGGAACUCACACGCCACCUAUGAAGUCUUUAUAACAGUAUGUUUUCAAAAUAUAUACUGCAAAUAUAUACUGCAUCCAGCUCACAUUGUAAAGUGGUGGGUGACGUGCUGAUAGCCUGCCUACCAUAGAUUUUUCUUUCGGUCAAUUUGGCCGGCAACAAUUGUAUUUAUUGGCUAUUUUGGGGGGGGGGGGCAAAAGUCAGCAAUAACCGGCUAACGGAAACCCUGGUGUACGGACGUAUGUGUGGGUGUGUGUGUGUGUGUGUGUACACCAUUAAUGUGUGAGUGUGUUUUGUGUGCGCGUGUGUGCGUUUGACCGUGUGAGUACUAUGAACGAGUGUGUGUUCUCGGGCUGGGUUAUACCCCCCUCACUCAGUUUACUAUUGCAGGACGCCCCUCUGUCUGACUGUACGGACACUAUUGCCGACCUCGAUCUGUCAGAGGCCAAUAGCCCUGCUAAGUCUUUUAGAAAGGUACUUCCUGACCAUCAUGACCUCUCACAUGACCUCUAACCUCUCUCUGCUGCUACUCUGUGUGAUUUCUGGGGCAUGUGCCUCGCUGGUUUAAACACUUCAAACAACAUGAAUAGACCCUAUUGUCCAGACUCGGACUGCUUUGAAAUGCUCCAUACUAGUAUCAACUUAUUUAGAAAAUGUCAGUUUUAGCAUUGAUUUGAAAUUGUGACAAGAUUUAUUUUGUGACGCACAACAGGCCUGUUUUUAGCAAGAAUUUGUCUUGUGUCCCUCCCUGUCUGUACCACUAGGGGGAGCUGGUGACAGCGUCUAAGGCCAUCAUAGAGAAGGAGUACCAGCCACGUGUCAUCAUCAACCAGAAAGGCCCCAACCCCUUCAAUAAGCAGUAUGACCAGGAGCUGGAGGAUUACCGCAAGGAGGUGGAACUCAAACAGAAAGGACCCGAUGGUACGACCUGCCACCGUUGUGCUCUUGGACCUACACAGAAAAACCUACACAGUUUUGUUUUUCACCAUUAAACCCUAUUUCUGUAGUAGUAGUAGUAGUAGUAGUAGCAAUAGUAGUAGUAGUAGCAAUAGUAGUAGUAGUAGUAGUAGUAGUAGUAGUAGUAGUAGUAGUAGCAAUAGUAGUAGUAGUAGUAGUAGUAGUAGUAGUAGUAGUAGUAGUAGUAGUAGUAGUAGUAGUAGCAAUAGUAGUAGUAGUAGUAGUAGUAGCAAUAGUAGUAGUAGUAGCAAUAGUAGCAAUAGUAGUAGUAGUAGCAAUAGUAAUAAUAAUAAGACAAAACAGCAGGAAGAUACAGAAUGACAAAUAUGUGGGGUCUGAGGUAGUUCUCCACAAAGCUCCCAGAGUCCACAACCAGUCACCAAGCAGAGCGACAUGGAGACAAAAUGUUGUGUUGCAUCAUUCAUCCAGUACAGGGUGAAGAGUCCUUCCAGCUCCCUUCAGCUGGGCCUGGGGAGGGCCUGUCCCCCUCUACCUCACCACAGAAGCCCCCACUGCCGCUAAAGCCCCUCUGUAUCCCAGAGCAGGGAGCUGGAGUCGGACUGGUCAUUCCUGGGGUCUCUGAGCCUACCCCCACAGCCUCCUCCAAGGCUGCCCCUCCCUCCUCCUCCACUCUCCCCAGCCGAGACACCCUGACUGGGUCGGGGGGCAGUCAGGGGAGCCCUGGGAUGUCUGCGGGAUCGGGGCCCGGGGGCUACGGGGAAGAGUCCCCCUCAGAGUCUCCUCACAAGGAGUUUCACUGUGCCGUGCUGAAGGCUCUCAGCACCACCAACACAGAGCUGCCUGCCCUCACUGAGGCUCCAGGUACUGACUGACUGACUGCAGACUGACUCUGGCCUGUCCUCACGGAGGCUCCAGGUACUGACUGACUGACUGCAGACUGACUCUGGCCUGUCCUCGCGGAGGCUCCAGGUACUGACUGACUGACUGCAGACUGACUCUGGCCUGUCCUCCUGCUCUCAGUCCUGCACUCUGACCUUUAACUGGAGUCCCUGUCCCACCUCUCUCUCUCUCUCUGGGGUUAAUCCUGCUCCCGUCCUGCACUCUGACCUUUGACUGGAGUCCCUGUCCCUCCUCUCUCUCUCUGGGGUUAAUCCUGCUCCCGUCCUGCCCACUACUAGGCCCCCAAUCCCCAAUUCCUCAACCCCUGUCUGUCCUUUGCCUAUGCCCCUUCCUCCUGGUUAAAGUUCCUCCAGGUUUUCCAGACAUCCCGUUUGGAGGAUUCCCAGAAUCAAAAGGGAAUCAGCAGGGAGGGAAUCCUCCAACUGGGAAUCAUUCAACCAGUAUUUCUGGAAAACCUGGGAAUUUUGGGAAAGUUUCCGGAAUUUUGCAACCCUCCCCCUACCGUCAGAUUUGUCUGAUCUCUGUUUAACCAAUGGAAUCCUAAUGCUGAUUGUGGCUCUCCAAGGAAGCCUUCCCAUAUGAACAUGAAUGACCCCUCUCGUCAUCGAUCAGUCAUCAUCCCCCUCCUCCUAACACGGACCUGUUGUCCUUUUGGGUUGGUUUGUAAAUGUUUACUACUAAUAAUCUGGUGUCUCCAAUGGAAGCGGUUCCUUCUCUGGGGUGAAGGUGGAAUUACAUGGGUCUUGUUGCCACUGUGGGCUCUGCAGUGUGUGACUGUGUGCAAUAUCCUCUAAUAAUAAUCAAUAACUGUGUUUUACUCUCCUGUUUUCUGACUGUGCUAUUCUUAUUUAUUGUAUGUGGUGGUUUAAGGGUAGUAUGUAUUACAUUUGAUUUCUCUGGGUUGAUGAUGUGUGUUUUUUUUGUAACUGACAAAUAUUGAAAAUCAAUGAAUUCAUUGCUCUAAUCUGACCUGUUGACAACCUAUUUUCAUUUGUGAAAUGGACUUUAAAUAAAGUUUGAUUUAAUUUCCUCCCCCAGACUCCUCAGACGCGUUACCAGAGCCUGAGGAAGAGUUAAAGGGUCAAAGUCCGACCCGCACACCACCCAGCACCCCUGUCAGAGCAGAGGAAGGUUAGUUGGCCUAGUCCGCCUGGCAACAAGCAACACAACACUCCAGCAUGGCUUCCUCUGUGCUACUAUUGGGUGACAACGUUCAGGGUCAAGGGUCAACAACAAGGAAUGCUGGGACUGGGCUUCCUUUCUAUGUUUUUCUUUGAUGUCUUUAACAUAAUAACUGUAGGUGCUGUUGAAUGUGACAUUUAAUGUGUAAUAACAGGCCAAGAGGUUUGAGGCGAAUUGAGGUCAAUGGGGCUUAAUUGGGUUAUAUGGGAAACAAACCAACUGUAAGAUCAGGUAAUGGAAAGUUCAGUGUAAUUUAGAUGGAGGAUUAUUACAUUUUCGUCCAAGGAAUAUCCUCUUAGAUUAUGAUUCCUCAAGAUCAGUAGAUUUCUACAAAUGGGGACUAUACCAAAGAUAGCCAUAAUUUUUAGACAGCUGGGUGAUUUUCUUUCUUACAUGAGAUUUAAGAUUUAAGUAGAUUAUGAUAAUUUAAGAAAGUACUUUGUUUCAUAUUAUAUUUAUCCCUCUUGGUCUUUAUUACGGUUGGAUUACACCUUUUAAAGGCGGCAGGAGAAUGUCCAAUGUAGUGACACUACUGGUUCUAAAACCAUACGGCAGGAGAAUGUCUAAUAUAGUGACACUACUGGUUCUAAAACCAUACGGCAGGAGAAUGUCUAAUAUAGUGACACUUCUGGUUCUAAAACCAUAAAGUACAGUAUUUCUCAGAGACACUUGCCAUGGCUUAUACAAGAAUGAAUGCAUCAAGAUCUAUGGAGCCCUGUGAGGGACAUAGUUAUCUCCUGACAUUCAGAAGUCAGGCUGUGCUUCUCCCAGUAUAAACCAUGACAAACUGUGUUCUGUCUUCUAGGCCAAUCACUGGUGUAAUCUAAUCAAAGAUGGUCUUGCAAGACUGUAACACUUGUUUUACGUUAAGUUAAAUCUUCCCCGUUCACUUCUCCAUUCUCCAUCUUUUGGAGUCUUGUAAGAAUGGCUUGUCGCCAUUCUUUUUUUAAAUUUAAUUUCUCCUGGUGUUUCUCCUAUUUUCAUUUGGAUUUUAAUUUUAUAAUUUUAACACUGUGGCUGUGAUUGACUUGCAUCUAUAGACGUUUGUUUCUACCUGUGCUUCUUCUUCUUUGUGGCUGCGUUACUAUCAGGAGAUGGGAAUGCUAAAGAGUACCUGUUGCCAUAGUAAGUACGUACUGUUCCAACCACCUCCACGGCUUGUGUUCAAACCAUUAACCCCUCCGUUCCUUGCAUGUCUUCACUCUUCCUCCUCUCUCUCGUUCUCCUUCUCUGUGGCCCAAACCCAUCCGCUAGGGUUGAGUAUCUAUUCCUCCUCACUAUGGUCUUAGACUUCCUGUUCUUUCUUUCUUAUUUCCUUUUGUUGUCAGGUGCCGAUUCAGAGGUCCUCCCUGUCUAAAAAGAUUUCUCAAAUUAUGGAAUUGAUGUACAAAAUACAAAAUGGCGGCCUCUGUUCUCAGGCUUGUCUUCAUGGUGCAAAAUCAAACCCGAAAACAGUAUGUAGAGAUAAUGGAUUUGUCACCGAUUAUGAUUCAUAUGGUGACUCAUGGGAUGGAUGUGUUUCUCUCCUGUCUGAACUGAACACCACUCAGGAAGGUUAGACACCAAUCCUCUAUGGCCGUAUUUCUAUACAGUUUAUGGUCCUUGUCAGCGACAGUGGAGAGAUCUGAGAGAGACCCAGCAACAAAUCUCGUUUUAGGGUUCUAUUCCUUCCCGGAGUUGACCUAUCGUGAACUUAACCUUUUGAGUAUUACAUGCAAACAUCUUAUAAUAAAUCUAUAUUAAAUCCUAUGUUCCUGCAUUAGAAUUGCCAUGAAUACAUGAAACAGGUAAUGUAUGUAGGUUUUUAAAAUGUAUUGAAUGUUAUAUUUCUUUUCCAGAUGAGCCCAAUCUCAGGUAUACAGCGUUCAUGUAUUUGGCUGUAGUAGAAUAAGUGCUUUUGUCGCUUUGCUAAGUGUGAAACUUGCUGUUGGCUUAGUGGUAAGGUGAUAAACAGCUGUUUUUCUAAAUGCUUUGUGUUAUGCUUGAUCUUCGUCUAUAUUCUGAGGAGCUUCAACACUUCUGUGGAUAAUUAGCCUAAUGAUGACAUCAAUAUUUGCAAGUAAUACAAGUUGGAAAUAGAGUACAUUGUCUGUGGCUUGUUGUAUGCACGGUCAGAAAAGGAGACCCAACGGCUGACACUGCACAAUGGUUCUACACCAGCAUGAAGUUCAUGCACUGUACCGAUGAAUAUUAGCAAGGAUCACACUAGUCUACAGCACAAGAUCCCUCUGCACUGAGUAUGCAUGUGUAUCUGAAUAAAUCAAUGAUUUGAAUACUUAGAGCACAUGAAUGUGGACUUAAUGGACCCUUUUCACAUUACUGAGCCGAGCUGUACUGUGCUGGCCCGGAUACACGUCCAUGAUAGUUGCCGGAACCGUGCUGCAGUUAUAGGACAGUUUUAUUAUUUUGGAGCGUUAAAUCAUUGUGUUGGGCUUGGCUUUGUGGAAUGACCUAGUGUUGUACUUGUCUGAGUCGUCAAUGUAAAGCUAGUCGGUGGAGAUGGCUAGUGUUGUUCUAUAUAUAUAUAUAUAUAUAUAUACAGUGGGGGAAAAAAGUAUUUAGUCAGCCACCAAUUGUGCAAGUUCUCCCACUUAAAAAGAUGAGAGAGGCCUGUAAUUUUCAUCAUAGGUACACGUCAACUAUGACAGACAAAAUCAGGGGAAAAAAUCCAGAAAAUCACAUUGUAGGAUUUUUAAUGAAUUUAUUUGCAAAUUAUGGUGGAAAAUAAGUAUUUGGUCAAUAACAAAAGUUUCUCAAUACUUUGUUAUAUACCCUUUGUUGGCAAUGACACAGGUCAAAUGUUUUCUGUAAGUCUUCACAAGGUUUUCACACACUGUUGCUGGUAUUUUGGUCCAUUCCUCCAUGCAGAUCUCCUCUAGAGCAGUGAUGUUUUGGGGCUGUCGCUGGGCAACACGGACUUUCAACUCCCUCCAAAGAUUUUCUAUGGGGUUGAGAUCUGGAGACUGGCUAGGCCACUCCAGGACCUUGAGAUGCUUCUUACGGAGCCACUCCUUAGUUGCCCUGGCUGUGUGUUUCGGGUCGUUGUCAUGCUGGACCCAGCCACGACCCAUCUUCAAUGCUCUUACUGAGGGAAGGAGGUUGUUGGCCAAGAUCUCGCGAUACAUGGCCCCAUCCAUCCUCCCCUCAAUACGGUGCAGUCGUCCUAUCCCCUUUGCAGAAAAGCAUCCCCAAAGAAUGAUGUUUCCACCUCCAUGCUUCACGGUUGGGAUGGUGUUCUUGGGGUUGUACUCAUCCUUCUUCUUCCUCCAAACACGGCGAGUGGAGUUUAGACCAGAAAGCUCUAUUUUUGUCUCAUCAGACCACAUGACCUUCUCCCAUUCCUCCUCUGGAUCAUCCAGAUGGUCAUUGGCAAACUUCAGACUGGCCUGGACAUGCGCUGGCUUGAGCAGGGGGACCUUGCGUGCGCUGCAGGAUUUUAAUCCAUGACGGCGUAGUGUGUUACUAAUGGUUUUCUUUGAGACUGUGGUCCCAGCUCUCUUCAGGUCAUUGACCAGGUUCUGCCGUGUAGUUCUGGGCUGAUCCCUCACCUUCCUCAUGAUCAUUGAUGCCCCACGAGGUGAGAUCUUGCAUGGAGCCCCAGACCGAGGGUGAUUGACCGUCAUCUUGAACUUCUUCCAUUUUCUAAUAAUUGCGCCAACAGUUGUUGCCUUCUCACCAAGCUGCUUGCCUAUUGUCCUGUAGCCCAUCCCAGCCUUGUGCAGGUCUACAAUUUUAUCCCUGAUGUCCUUACACAGCUCUCUGGUCUUGGCCAUUGUGGAGAGGUUGGAGUCUGUUUGAUUGAGUGUGUGGACAGGUGUCUUUUAUACAGGUAACGAGUUCAAACAGGUGCAGUUAAUACAGGUAAUGAGUGGAGAACAGGAGGGCUUCUUAAAGAAAAACUAACAGGUCUAUGAGAGCCGGAAUUCUUACUGGUUAGUAGGUGAUCAAAUACUUAUGUCAUGCAAUAAAAUGCAAAUUAAUUACUUAAAAAUCAUACAAUGUGAUUUUCUGGAUUUUUGUUUUAGAUUCCGUCUCUCACAGUUGAAGUGUACCUAUGAUAAAAAUUACAGAUCUCUACAUGCUUUGUAAGUAGGAAAACCUGCAAAAUCGGCAGUGUAUCAAAUACUUGUUCUCCCCACUGAAUAGGCAUGCCUCGGCUGAGGAGCAUGUUGUCUGAUUGGUGCCCAAAGAUUCUGAUCUGCAGAAGUAUUGUAGCGUGUCAGUUUUCAUGGAUGAUAUAGUGAUACAGGUCUUUAGUGAUAAUGUGUUCUCCACAAGCUGGACUAUGGAACAAAGACUAAAUGAUUGCAGAAGAAAAUUAGAGGUAUCACUCCUCCCAAGUGAGAGUAGAGUGAUAUUUUAAAAGCCGAAUCUCUUAUUAGCUUUCAAUGGUAGUUUUGUCUGUAUUGCAGCCGCUUUGCAGGUCCUGCAAAUGAACCAUUUCCUCCUAACUACAUCCCCCACCACCCACUCACCCACAGAGUCUCAGCUGGAGCACACCUAUAAGGAUGAGAGUGACCAGGCUACACUGAGACAGACCCUCCCUGACCUGACCCCAGACGACGAACCCUCCGACGCCCCAGUCCCCUCCCUCCCUGCCGAAGAUCCUGCCACUCCCGCUGCCACCGAACAGCCCACCGCCGAGGGGGAGGAGCCUGCUGAUGCUGCCGUCGACCAAGACGGUGAACAGGACGGCGACGAAUCCCCCAGCAAAUCGCCUUCCAAGAAGAAGAAGAAGUUCCGCACUCCUUCCUUCCUCAAGAAAAACAAAAAGAAGACUGAAGAAAAGGCUGAAAAAGCAAAGGAACCCUAG